AUGUCCAGCUUCGAAAAAGCAGUCAAGGGUGCAUGCAAGCCGAAGCCAAAUCCACCAAAGGCCAAGUAUCUCGACCCGAUCCUCAAUGCUACGUGGUCAGAAGAUGGUGCAGUUCACGAUGUGUGUAGGGCACUCCAGCCUCGCUUUCGUGAGCCCAAUACGCUGAUUGUCUUCAAAGCCCUCAUCGUACUGCACACCAUGAUUCGCAAUGGCUCCACAGACAACGUCCUAUCGUAUCUGUCCUCAUCAGAUGUGCUUAGACUCAAGAAUGUGUCUGCGGGUAGCUGGGAGGGCUACAAUGCACCAGAGAACAUUCAGAACUACUCAAUAUACCUCGAUACACGUAUUCGUGCGUAUGCUCAAUUGAGGCAUGAUGCCAUUCGCGUGCAGUCCGAGAAUAACAGAGACAUGCGCAACUCACAUGCCAUUGACGAGGCCCGAGAGAAGCCAGACCGUGGUUCACAUCGCUCUCGAAAGGACACGAAAGAGUUGUCUGUCGGUGUGGGUGUCCAACGGAGCAAGACAAUGGCUGGGCGAAAGUUGCGGGUGAUGACGGUCGAGAAAGGUCUGCUGCGUGAGACGAAGAUUGUGCAGAAGAUGAUUGACUCUCUUUGUGAAUGCCGGUUCUACCUAGAUGAUCUGGACAAUGAACUGAACAUCACCGCGCUCCGCAUGCUGGUCAAGGAUUUGCUUAUUUUGUUUCAAGCAUGUAAUGAAGGGGUUAUCAACGUCCUAGAACACUAUUUCGAGAUGUUCCGAAGUGAUGCAGAAGAAGCAUUGAAGAUAUAUCGGCAUUUCUGCAAGGAAACAGAGCGUGUGGUGGAAUAUCUAGGCAUUGCGAAGAAGCUGCAAAACUUGCUAAAUGUACCGGUUCCAAAUCUUCGGCAUGCCCCAGUCUCACUCGCUGGUGCGCUGGAGGAGUACCUGAAGGACCCUAACUUUGAACAAAACCGAAUAGAGUACAAAGCGAAUAAGGAUGCUGCCGAGCGUAACGAGAGAUCGGGUUUGCAAGCGCCACCCCCACCAUUGCCGCAGUCGCAAGCAAAAGAACCUGAGUCUAAGCCUUCGUCGCUGCCUGAAGCCUCGUCAUCACAGGCGGCUCCCACAAACGCUAAUAAAAAUAUGAUGGACUUUUUCACUGCUAUUGAGGAAGAGCAGCAAACGAUGUUUAACCCUCAAACGAACAGUCCUUCAUCAGCCUACUUCCAGCAGCUAUCUAGCCAUAAUCCAUUUGUUCAGUCACAGAUGCAGAUGCAAAUGAUGACGGGUGCUCCUUUCGGCGGGCCUCAGCCCUUUGUGCAGCCUCAAAUGCAGCCCCAGCCCACAGGAUUUAUCAUGCCACAACACACUUCGACCAAUCCCUUCGGUAUGCUGCAGCAGCAACAGCAGCAACAACAACAGCCUGCACCUUUCCUUCAACCACAACAGACGUCCUUUUUGCAGCCUCAGUCGACAGGUUCUAAUCCCUUCCGUCAGAGUAUGAUGUUCCCGCAAUCAACUGGGAUGCAAUUUGGACUGGGCAUGGGAGCACAACAGGUGCCAUCAAUAAGUACCAACCCCUUCCCGACUCAGUCUCAAGGCUUGCAAAACGGAUCGAAUAUGCCCAAUUUCAACGCCUUCAAUGCUAUGGCGGGUUCUUCUCAGAUCUCGGCUCCCACCGCACAAUCACCUUUUGCUAAGAACAAUGCGAACGCGGGGCCAGCACGCCCUGCAUCCGCUCCGCUUACCGCGAUGCCUACCGCCUCGGCGUCAGGUCCACCGCCGGCACAGCCUGUCAAGACGCACCAAACGGGGUCGAGGAACCCAUUCGGGGCGCCCGUCACUGCUCCACCACCCGUACCGAAGCAGCCUACACUAUUCCAAUUAGCUACAGGUGUCGGCCAGAACAACCAGCUCAACGGUCAGCAGCCUCAAGGCGGGCAGCAGCAAACAUCACCCACCAGCUCCGGUUAUGGUGGCAUGAACGGCUUCCAGUCGCAGCUUGGUGCUCAGCCCACGGGCUCGGCAAUGUCGAGCGUUGCAUCCGCAUUCACGUUCCAGAAGCCUGGCGAGUCAAAUCCCGCAGGCUCAACGGCUACGGGCUCGACAUUCUCCGAUACGCUCUUCUCGUCGCUCUCUAGCCAACCUACAGGCACUACCUCCACUUCAUUCGGCUCCCCAUCUGCCUCGCUGCCCCCCGCCAACCCCCUGCAGCCACAGAAAACGGGGUUCAGCAGCGGUCUCAAGGCGUUUAAGCCGUCGUCUUCCUUUGGCGCUGCGCUGCUGGAGUCGCUCCCACCCAUACCGCAGUCCGCGCCGACGACGCCGAGCGAGGGGGCACAGCCGCCCGCGCAGAACGGGACAAGCGCGUCUGGGGGCGGACAGAACGGGCUGGGUCCACAGCGGACGGGAUUCCCAGGGCUGACAGCCCAGCCCACGGGGGCGUUUGGAUCAGCGGCGGGAGCGCCUGGGAACGUGGGUGCGUUUGGCACCCAGGCGACGGGCGCGCUGGGCAGCCAGCCAACGGGCGCGGGCGGAUUUGGGGGCCAGCCGGGCGAUGCACUGGGGUCGUCGGGCAACUCAACGGUGGGCGUGGGUCUGCGCCCACAGAUGACCGGUGCAGCGGGCGGGGCGAACCCAUUCAGGGCGACGAUGUUUUCGAUGUCUCCCACGGCGACAGGUGGGGGCGGGUUCGGUGCUGGAGGCGGGGCAGGGGCGGUACCGUCGUUCUUGAGCUCGUCGGUGUCCGCUGGUGCGGGUGGUUCGCCGUUUGGCGGUGCGAACGGUGCACCAUCGUUUGCGACGGGUCAGUUUGGCGGGCCCAGCCAGAACAUGCCUGGUACGCAGCAACAGCAGAGUGGAAGCUUGAUUUAG